AUGCCCACUACGGUCUUCGACGAGCUUCAGGCGUAUGCAUCUGACACCCCCGUGAUCUCGCCAAAGCAAUUGGCCUCCAAUGAGAAGCUCAAACUUACUGGACGUAUCAUUGAGGUGGUGACUUCGUUGCCCACUCAGAUUUGCAAGAAAUCAGAGGUUAAUUCCGUUGCCACAUACUGGGAUGUUGAGCCUGUGCGUGGCCAAUCUGCUUUGUAUCUGUCACUUUUCUUUCUUCAACAACAGACGGACUGGGAGACUCAUAUUGUUGGAUGGACGGGUGAGUUGGUCAACAAGUCGGACCGUUCCAGCGACUUGAGCACAGAGAACAUUAAGGACGAUCCAUUGUAUUUGGACUCUGAAGACAAGACGGUCUUGGAGAUGAAGUUGCGCAAGGCCACCAAGAGUGACCAUGUGCAUCCGGUUUGGUUGUUGCGUAGAGACCAAAGCAGAUGGAGACAGUAUGCUGAGAAUGUCAUCUGGCCGCUUUUCCACUACAUUCAGGGCCAGCCAUCUGAUGGUAAGGAGGAUGCUCAGGCGUGGCACGACUAUGUGAAGUUCAACGAGGCCUACUUCCAGAAGAUCAAGUCAAUCUACAAGCCUGGUGAUAUCAUCUGGAUCCACGACUACUAUUUGCUUUUGUUGCCGCAAUUAUUGCGGAUGGAGUUUCCAGACGCCUACAUUGGUUUGUAUGUUCAUGCUCCGUUCCCAUCGUCUGAGUACUUCCGAUGCUUGCCCAAACGAACUCAGUUGUUGGACGGAAUGUUGGGCUCCGAUAAGAUCGCGUUCCAGAGUGACUCGUUUCAGAGACAUUUCCUUAGUUGCUGCGCAAGAGUGUUGGGUCUUGAGGUCACGCAGACUUCAGUGCAAGCGUAUGGAACAAGUAUCUCCGUGGAGACGUUGCCCAUUGGAAUAGACACCAAGAAGAUCGAGCAUGAUGCCUUCUCCGCCGAUAACGGCGUGGACGACAAGGUCAAGGCACUCCGUGAUGUUUACCCCGACAAGAAAAUUAUUGUGGGACGUGACAGGUUGGACAUGGUUCGUGGUGUGGUUCAGAAACUCGAAGCCUUCUCUAUGUUCUUGCAAAUGUAUCCAGAAUGGAGAGAUAAGGUCGUUUUGAUUCAGGUGUCAUCUCCAGGUUUUUCCCACAGCUCCAAGGUGGAAAAGAAGGUGACUGAGUUGGUCAACCAAAUCAACUCCCAGUAUGGUAGCUUGAACCAUACUCCUGUUCUCCACUACCAUAUUCGAAUCAAUAAGGAUGAGUAUUUGGCGUUGCUCCGUGUCGCCGACUUAGCACUUAUCACUUCUGUUCGUGACGGCAUGAACACUACCUCGCUUGAAUUUGUUAUUUGCCAGAAACAAAAGAAGUCGCCCUUGAUCUUGUCGGAAUUCACAGGAACUGCGUCCGUGUUGAACGAGGCAAUCUUGGUCAACCCUUGGGAUUCAGUUGGAAUUGCAAAGACCAUAAACGACUGUUUCUCCAUGUCUGAUGCCAAGAAAGCUCAGCUCGAAGACAAGUUGUAUAAGCAAGUCACAUCGAACACUAUUCAGAGCUGGACCUCGAAGUUUUUGGAGCACCUUAUCGAGCAAGUCGACCAAACUCACCAGACACACUUUACACCUACCUUGAAUCGUCCAUUGUUAUACAAUAAUUAUCAGCAUCUGAAGAGACGGCUCUUCCUUUUCGAUUACGAUGGUACAUUGACUCCAAUUGUCAAAGACCCGGCUGCAGCUAUUCCUUCUUCCAAGCUUCUCGAGAUUGUCGAUAAGUUGACAGCAGAUCCCCACAACCAAUUUUGGAUCAUUUCUGGCAGAGAUCAAGCCUUUUUAGAGAAAUGGUGGGGCUCCAAAAACGUCGGUCUCUCUGCUGAGCAUGGCUGUUUUAUGAAAGAUAUUGGUAGUGACAAGUGGUACAACCUUGCUGCCACUUUCGACAUGUCGUGGCAACUUAAGGUGGACGAUGUUUUCAAGAAAUACACAGAUGCGACACCAGGAUCAAAUAUUGAGCGGAAAAAGGUGGCAUUGACCUGGCACUACAGACGGUCAGACCCAGAUUUGGGUACGUACCAAGCCGAAAGGUGCAUGGAGGAGCUCAAGAAUGGUAUUGCAAAGGAAUAUGAUGUGGAAGUGAUGGCUGGAAAGGCCAACAUUGAGGUCAGACCCCGUUUCGUUAACAAGGGAGAAAUCGUCAAGAGACUUGUUUUAAAUCCCCAUGGAGCUAAGCAAGACCCUCACGCGGUAAAGCUCGACCCAGAUGCUACGCCAGUGGACCAGUUGCCAGACUUCAUGAUGUGUCUUGGAGACGAUUUGACCGAUGAAGACAUGUUCCGUUCGCUUAAGGACAUUGAGGAGCAGUGGCAUUUGAAGGAAUUGCCAAAGAAUAAGUACGGAUCCUAUGGAGUUUACCCAGUGCUUGUUGGUCCAGCAGCCAAGAAGACCCUUGCAACUGCCCAUUUGAACGAUCCAUCGCAAGUGAUCGAUACUUUGGGUCUUUUGGCAGGUGAAGUGUCGUUGUUCGAAAGUGCUGGAUCAGUUGAUCUUGAUGACCGUGGCCAUGUCACCAACAGUGAGUCGAGCAAGCAGUCUCAACUCAGAGCUGCUGCUUCUAGAGAAGCUAAUAUGGCCAAGUCGUCGAGUCGCGAGUCUACACCUCAACCUUGA